UUUGUACGUGCAGCACAUAUCCAUCUGACGGCUUUAUUGUGAAACUACGAUUUCCGGAAGUCUUCUAGUUUGUUUUGUUAUUAUCAUGUAAUUGACGAUCCUUGUCCAGGCUGACGUGGAACGUUUCUGGAGAAAUGGUCAAUAUGGUUGUCAUAACUGGAACUGGAGCUGCACAGUUAGUGUAAAUACACGUAACGUUUCAAAUGUUGAAGGUUUUAUUAUGAAUAAUAAUAAUUAUAGUUCACAAUCAUAUUCCAAUGCAGGCAAACUCAGGAUAUUUAUAUAUUUAUAUAUGCAUGUAUGUGAGUAGUAUGAAUGUUUGUGUGUGUGUGUGUGUGUGUGUGUGUAUGUGUGUGUGUGUGUGUGUGUGUGUGUGUGUGUGUGUGUGUGUUUGUGUGCGUGUGUGUUUGUGUGAUUUCUUAGGCUAACACCACUCAUUUCAUAACUGAACACUGACUGUCAGCUGUUAACUGGUUACUGUGGUCCAAUUACUCUCUAACAAUCUUGUGACUGCAUGGUCACCACACAUUGGCUACACAGAAAACAAACAUGCUCAUUCAGGACGUCUCUCUCUCUCUCUCUCUCUCUCUCUCUCUCUCUCUCUCUCUCUCUCUCUCUCUCUCUCUCUCUCUCUCUAUCUCUAUCUUUUCCUCCCAUCAUUGCAUCUACUGCCAUUGUUAGAUUCUUCAUUCAUUUCCUGUGUUUACGGGGACAUAUAAUAUAGUCCUAAAGAGGGGAACAUCUGCAUAUGUGCAUUAUUUCCAGACAAUUAAAGAACCUGUUCACAAAUGUCCUACAAUGCAUUGUUAAAUAAAGCUGGGGGGUCCUGCAGUAAUGUGUAUUUGUCUCAAAAUGCAAUGGGUUCUUCCCAGGUCCAGGCCCCUUCUCAUCCCCUGGUUUGGUCGAAUUUGGUUGAAUCGUUUUUGCGUAAUUGUGUUGUCAAACAAACCAACAAACACACAGUGUGACAAAAUGACCUCCCUGGCAAAGAUCAGUUCAAGAAUUCUGAAGCCAGUGGUAAAGGAAGUAUAGGGAAGGUCUAAAUAAUAAAAGUAAGUACCCACUUUCUUAUAUAUGAAGCUAAUACACUAUAUCUAAACUAGCCCAGAGACAAGAACACUAAUGCAACAGUCUGCUACGUCAUCAUAGCUAAGGUUUGGUCUCAUAAUACAUUUCAGAUUAUAUCUUCGUCACUAGUGAUGCUGCUGCAGGAGGCGGGGUCUAUUGUUACCUAUCUGCUCUGAUUGGAUCAUUGAACCAACACCCCUCUAAUUAUUGAUUACCUUUAAAGCUAAACAAAAAAAUCAAUGUGAACAUGUAACACAAUGUAUGUGGAGUAGAAAGUACAGAUAACGUGAUAAAUGUACAUAAGUAAAGUACAGAUACAUAAAAAAUGUGCUUAACUACAACAACUAAUUAAAUGUACAUUGCUACAUCCCACUCCUGUGUGUAUGCACAUGAAUGUGAAUAUGUAUGUGUUAACAUGUCCCAAUGCAUGUAGUGAGUUUUGUCCCUUGUGGCUCCUCAUAGUGUCCUCCUGCCGGGACGGGUUAAUGCGCACACGGGAUUAGACGGUAAUCCGCACUCAUGCGCAAACACAAGUGCGUGAGACUGGAGAGAGGUUCUGCUCUAAUUCUGCGACUACCACAGAUUUCCUCUGAGCUCAUGAUGGAGAAGUGAAAGAGAUCAUAAGGAUUUGACGGCUGAUUGUUCAUCUACACAAAAAAACAAGCUGGAAGUGGAUGGAACAAACUGACGUGAGCCGUAUGCCACUGACAUGUCAGUUUCGGGAUCGAGGACAGGAUGUCUAAAUGUGAGCUGAUCGAGCUGCAGGACCUCAGUCUGAAUGAUCCCAUCGAGCUGGCUGCUCCUGCGGCCCGCGCCGCCCCAUCGGCUCAGCCCUGCUCCUUCAGCCUUGUCCGACUGGUUGGAGACAGCGUCAGCAUCGAGAGACCCGGGCGUCGGACAGGAGAGAUUGGAGUGGGUCAUGACUUCCAGAUCGACAGUCACGCUCACCUCACCUGGUGUGACCUGUGUGGAGAAUUCAUCUGGGGUCUCUACAAGCAGGGUUUACGCUGCACCAAAUGCAGUUACACUUGUCACUACCGCUGUCAACCAUUCAUUCACCUGGACUGCAGCGCAGAUGGAAGUUUGUUAACAGACCAGGGAGAUUUGUCUGUCGACGUCAUCGAGACAGACACUAAUGUGGAUGAAAAGAUCGAUUUGGGUAAACAGGGUUUAAGUGUCGGGGAGAUUCAGCAGAAGGUUAAGGAGUAUAACGCUCAGAUCAACAGUAACCUCUCCAUGAUGGUGAAUAAAGACGGGUUCUACACUGGUUUCAUCAAGGUCCAUUUUCAGUUGCUUCGGCCGAUCUCCCUCCCUCCUCCUCAGAGCCCGAUGUGCUCGACAGAAGACGGAGAUCAGCAGGACAGGCGGAUGAAACGGCGGACAUCUUUCUACCUCCCCAAAGAUACUGCGAAACACCUGCACAUAAGCUCCCAAACACGGGUACGGGAAGUGAUCGAGGCGCUGCUCAACAAGUUCACUGUGGUGGACAACCCGGCCAAGUUUGCCCUGUUCGAACGCACUGAGAGACAAAGUCAAGUGUACACCCGUAAACUUUCUGAUGACGUAUGUCCACUCUACCUACGCUUGUGUGCCGGACCGAGUGAGAAAAUCCUGUGUCUGGUUUUGAAAGAAAAUGAGACUGGGGAAGUCAAUUGGGAUGCGUUCAGCUUUCCUGAGUUGUGCAACUUUCUGCGGAUCCUGAAACGAGAAGAAGAAGAGCAUGUCCGGCAGAUAGUGAGGCGUUAUGCUCUCGCCAGAGAAAGGACGAAGCAGGCGAUGGCGAGGAUUACUGCUCCGGCUUGAAAAGAGCCUUCUGCUCCCAUCAUGGAUCAGAAUGGGGAUCAAGAAGAAUUUUUCAAGCAAUGGAAAAGUGAGGGAAAGACCUCGGACAAUGACAUUGGGUAGAAAAGGGGAUGUUUAAGAAGAAGGGAUACUGCUGUUACAUUCAGUGAGAACCAACUAAAGACACUGCCACUGAUUGUGCGAGUUUAACCACUGUUUUUAACUGGUUUGACAAAAAAACAUUAAAGAUCCCAACCAUUCAUUGCAGAUAAUCCUUGAAAAACUGCUGCUUGGAUAUAAUAUUUAUAGCAGUGUUAAAGACCUAUUUUUCAUUUUUAUGUGACAUUUAGUUUAUUUUAUCCUUUUUGAGACUCUUUUUUAAAAUGUUGGCACUUUACUAAACCUGUGAAAUGAAUAUGCAUAAGUUAAAAGUAUAAAUUCUAAUAAUCAAAUAAACUAAUGAUAGUAAAUGAUGGGUCAAUUAA